UUCUUAACGCUGGAGAGACGCAACCAGCAGUCCUCGUGUUUUGUGUAUACACGGCUACCACGUGAUAUAGACUUCAGUUUGGUGCAUUGCCCUGAUCGUAUUACACAUAAAAAAAAAUAAUUUUUUAAAUAAUUAAUUGAUAAUAAAUAACUAUUGGGUGUGUCCCUAUGUGCGACAACUUUGUCACAUUUUGCAAUAGUAAUGUGUUCUCAUCUUGUAUUGCGUGUGGUUUUCAAACUUUGCAUGUUUGUGAAUUGAUUACAGAAAUGUUUGACACGACAUUGUAACGUCAUACAUAGCGUCUCAUUCGAUUUGCUGAUUAAUCGAUUGUCUUCCCUUUUGGGUGCGGUAAAUGACAGAUAAUCCAUUAAUAUGUUGAAUUGUCGCCCUUGGUAAACAAUCCAAUAGUCCCAGAACUGUCAUACUCAGAGACUUGCUGACACCAUAAUCGAAGCUGGGGCUCCAGUUUUGGCGACAGUCCUCUUUGUUUCUGGAAUAGAAGAACGGAUGGGAUGUUUGAACAAUAAGGUCAACUUAAAGUAGACCUGUCAAAAAGUGGCAGUUUUGGAUUCAGACUGUACAAGAGAUGGAAAGAGUUUCGUCUCUUUGGAAAAUUAACCUCAUGAAUUGACAUCGUGUUGAGAGUUAGCAUUGUGGACGCUCAUAUUUUAACCUUAGUCUAUUUAAAUCAUGUUGAAUUAAUUCCCUUGCCAUGAUUUCAUCCAGUGACAUUUCGUAACAAUUCCUGUUGUUUUUCUACAUAUAAAAAGAUAUAUAUUAAUGUAACAGGAAUAGUUACAUCUUUUCAAUGGAUAAUUUCAAAAAGUUUCUUUUUCGGCUAAUAGUGACAUAACUUGUGAGAUACUUUUAUUACAUGCAGUGAUUUUAAUAUCUUAUUCUCGUGUUUGGAUAAUAUGGCUUCGAUAUCAGUGUGAUAAACAUGACAGAAAGCCAGUUUUACGGCGUCAGUGACGCUACUUUGUCGCCUCUACCCGGGAAUCACAGCUACCGGCUUGAACAGGACACGACCCAGGAAUACCUCGGUAUGGACGUCACCAGCAACACCAGCAACGUCACCGUCAGCAGGUAUGGUAUCUACGGCGAGCUGGAGCAGUACGGGGUGUUCUGGGCCGCCUUCUACUUGCACAAGUACUACCUCUGGGUCAUCUUCGCCUUCGGCUUCCCCGGCAACAUCGUCAGCUUCAUCACCAUCCUCCGGAUGAAGCCGUUGUCGUCGCCCAUCAUUUACGUCGCGGCCGUCGCCUUCGUGGACAACUCGUGCCUGCUGUGUAAGAUCCUGUUCUACUCGUUCACGAGGUAUGACGUGCACUUGACCGAUGGGGGGUGUAGGACUUUGUUCUUCCUGGGCUCGUUCACUGCCCAGCUGGCCAACUGGCUUCUUGUCAUUAUGACCGUGGAGAGGUGCCUGGCCAUCUGCUUGCCAUUGAAGGUUGGAUCUAUCUGUACUAAGAAGCUUCACAUAGGCGGCGUGGCUUUCACGGUGGUCGUCCUGCUGGCCAUCAACGUCCACUUGUUCUUCACCACUGGCAUGGUGGUCUCACAGCACGGCCACGUCACGUGUGAGACGCUGGGCCACGAACAUUUCCUGAAGGCCUGGUUCUGGGUGGACGCCAUCUUCUAUUCCUUCCUUCCGGCCGUGUCACUUAUCAUUAUGAAUACGUUGAUCAUACUGGGGAUACGUCGGUCUAGCAAGAUCCAGAGAGAACUGACCAAUAAGACCAGUCAAGUGGCGGAGACGAUGAGGCAGCAGCGCCAGAUCACCAUCAUGCUUGUCAUCGUCUGCAUCGCCUUCGUCCUGCUCGUCACCCCCAACGCCUUGUUCUACGCCUACAGGGCGCACUGGGAGUACGAGCGCAAGUCGCUGGGGGAAGCGCUGUACAAGUUCACCAACCAGAUCUGCUUUGUCCUGUCCGACUCGACCCACGCCGUCAACUUCUACCUGUACUUCUUCAGCACCAGCCGGUUCCGCAGGCGCUGCCUGGAGACGGUCUUCUCCUGCUGCAUGUCCAAGAAGCGCGCCAGGAGGUUCAGGGGCUCCACCAUUUCCGGCAUGUCCAAGACGUUCCGCCUGAGCAUCACUGACGUCACCACUGUCCCGGCCAACGCUGUCCAGUUGACGAACUUCUCCUCAUCCUCCUCCUCCUCCAACCAUCUCCUGGUGGGCAACGGGGCGAGCCGCAUCACGAAAUUCAGGGGCGGACAUCGUGACGGGAGCUUCUGAUUAGAGGACUGGGCAUAGAGGGUCUCAACACCGUUCAACCUUAAAGUGACUGAUCUCAGAAGGAACCAAACAGAACAGUUACUCUAACUGCGUGCAUCAUUCGGAAUUUCCCGUUCAAAUGUAUCAUUGACGCAGUCAUCUACUUUAUAAACACACCAACGCCGUGAUAUUUAUAGGAUAUACUUUAUAAUUGUGUAUAAUUACGUAAUGUUGUGUAUAAUAAUUUUGUUUAUUUAAUGUGACCUGAUUAAGUUUUGUCUUUUAUUAAUCAAAUUGUAUUCCAAAUGUGUUCAACCGAACAAUAUGAAUAUACGUGCCAUAUAUAACCAAACCUCAUUGUACUAUUAAGCAUAAACACAAAUGACAGAUACAUGAAGUACAGAAUAUAUAUAAACAACAUUUCAGUACAAGUAGAGUACAUGUACAUAAUGUAUUAUUAUAAAUGCGUUACAACAUUUCAGAAUUAAAAUUACAGGCUUUAGUAAAAGUCUUUCGAUUUGUCGCUAGGUCAGGAAGUAACCAAGUGUAAUUGCAAAUUCUUCAUCGGUCAAAACCCCAAUAACUUUCAAAAUAGCUAAAGCCUGGGUGUACAAGGUCUCGAAAACGGCUCUAUUUUCCUACGAUUUUGACAGUUUAUGUAUAUCUUUUGGAAAAUAACUACUAGCUAAUUGGCGCAACACGAAUUUGACUAUUAUAUAUAUUCAAAGUAUGUUAAAAAUUAAAUUAAAUUUGGUCCAGAGUUCAAGACCUUCUAUAUCUUGAACGGUUGUAAGUCGACGGGUAUACUCGCAUGUUACGCAUGUAUCCGUUAAAGAGUUUAAAACAAAUUUAUAGAGAAGUCUUUAUCUACAGGUCAAUCAUUACACUUUCACAAAUACGAAUUAUAUUUAUUUACACAUGCGCUUAA